GCUAUUACCUGAUUUUCUUUACUUUCCAGUUUCAACUAUCUCUGUUUUCCUUACCUUAAAAACACACAAUUUCAAAAUCAAUACUAGUAGAUGGAUUCAACUCAAAAUUAUUACUUCUACGAUGAGAAACCGGAUAUCUGGCACUCGGAAUCAAACCACGAGAUGAACAUGAUGGUAUCGGCUCUGAAUCAAGUCAUUUCCGGGGGCGGCAGCGGCAUCGAUCAGCAACCACCAUCUGAUGGGUCCCAUUUAAUAUUUGAAUCAUUUCAAGACCAACAAAACUUCGCCACGUGGUCACCAGCAUCUUCUACCACGUCACCAGUUCUCCCGCCAAAUUCCCAGAUUGAAAAUGCAGACACUACUACUAGUAGUAGUAGCAGUAACAGUGGAAAACAGAGGACAAGAAAGUACAACAGAAACAAGUACAGGGGUGUACGGCAGAGGCCUUGGGGGAAGUGGGCGUCUGAGAUUCGGGACCCACACCGGGCAGUUCGGAUGUGGCUCGGAACAUUCGAGACGGCCGAGGAGGCUGCUAGAGCUUAUGAUCGAGCUGCUGUCCGGUUUCGAGGCCCGCGUGCUAAGCUUAAUUUCAGUGUCUCUGAUUACCUUCCACAGCUUGAAGAGUACAGCAGUAAUAAUAUCUUUUAUCAGAAUCAAGAGCAGCAGACUAAUAACAAUAAUAAUCAUGUUAGUCCUACUAAUCAAGAGCCAGAGACGAGUGGUUUCGUGCAGAUUACUGAUGGUGCUGAGCUUGAGCAUUGGAUGAACGAUAUGAUUGACAAUACCCCUCCGUGUUUAAUGUAUGGGGAGCAGUCAUUCGGCAUUUAAAUUACAUCAUUGUUUUUUGUGGCUCUAUCGGAGGGAAAAAAAAAAAGAGAGAGAUGUUUACGGUAGUUGUAAAAGGCCAAAAGGAUGGAGUAGUUUAACAGUAAAGAUGUUGUAAUGUAAUUUUGUAUAAAUAUAGCCUAAGUAUAGCAUAGGAGUACAUAUUAUCAUGUACCUAGAUCAUGUCUAGAACUAAUUAGAUUGUCUCUGUUUUAUUUUUUUACUAGAAAUAGAUACAAUUAGUUUUGAUUUAUUUGAUCAUAUGUUGAACGAUGCUACAAAGAAUUGAAGGCGACAUCUUCUCAAUGGAUAAUGGACAAUCACUUAAAUACAAGGGAUUAUCAAAUUUACACGAUG